UCUGAGAAGUGCGCACGCGCACUGACCCCGGCGGGCCCUAGCAACCAGAGCAGUGACAGUAGCAACGGCCGGAAUGGCAAAAGCAACAACAAUCAAAGAAGCCCUAGCCAGAUGGGAAGAGAAAACCAGUCAGAAGCCAUCCGAAGCCAGAGAGAUAAAGCUGUAUGCCCAGAUUCCCCCUAUAGAGAAGAUGGAUGCGUCCUUGUCCACACUUUCUAAUUGCGAGAAGCUUUCACUGUCUACAAACUGCAUUGAAAAAAUUGCAAAUCUGAAUGGCCUAAAAAACUUGAGGAUAUUGUCUUUAGGAAGAAACAACAUAAAGAACUUAAAUGGACUGGAAGCAGUAGGAGACACGUUAGAAGAACUGUGGAUCUCCUACAAUUUUAUUGAGAAGUUGAAAGGGAUCCAUGUAAUGAAGAAACUGAAGAUUCUGUACAUGUCUAAUAAUCUGGUGAAAGACUGGGCUGAAUUUGUGAAGCUGGCAGAGCUGCCAUGCCUGGAAGACCUGGUGUUUGUAGGCAAUCCCUUGGAAGAGAAACAUUCUGCUGAGGGGAACUGGAUUGAAGAGGCUACCAAGAGAGUGCCCAAACUGAAAAAGCUAGAUGGUACUCCAGUAAUUAAAGAGGAUGAGGAAGAAGAUAACUAACACCACAUUUUCCAUUUUGUGUUAACUUAUUUAAAUCUCAUAAGAACUACAGAUAAGUUGUCUAUUUUAAAGAUUCUGUGUGGGGCAAAUGGUUCUUAAGAUAAAACGUAUCUCUUUUUUUCUCUUAACCUAUCCAGUAUUUCUCCCCCAAAAUGGUAACCCCAACUUUAAAUAUUGUAGUUUUCUUUUUAGAAACUACAAAUUUCUAAUUUUUGUCUUCAGUCCCAGUUAUGUACUAUCUGGCCCCAUCUACUGAAACCUUUAUAGACCAGUCAUUUUUAAUAACAAAGGAACAAAUAUGGUUCUUUAGUUAGUUUAGUUUUUUUUUUUUUUAGGCCAGGCAUUUGAAUAUUUAUAUUUAACUUUUAGAUCAUAGGCCAUCCUUCCUAAAAGUCUGUCUCUUUAUAACUCAGAAGCACAAAUGUGUCAAGCCUUUGGUAUGGGAAGAGUUCCUCUUAGAAAUGCAGCAGCAGCCCUAGAAUCAAGACUGUAAAGUCCAAUCGGAAAAGCUAUGGUGA